GUAUUGGAAUAUAUGCUUUCUAAAAUUUACUUAUUAGGCAUGAAUGGACAGGUGCAGCCCUCCAGGGAGAGGUUAGGAGGUUUUAGUAAUAGUACAAUAGGACUGUUUUCUGGAAUGAUUGCUACGGACCGUGUCCCAAACAUACAAUUAGGUACUACGAACAAUGGGUUAUCUAUGGAUGAUUCUAAUGUCAGUACAGAAGUUGAUAGCAAAGUCAAAACAAAAUUAUUGUCUAUGUGGAAUAAUGUUAAAUAUGGCUGGACCAUCAAGGUAGUAAAACCAAAUUUUUCAAAAGAAUCUCCAGUAUACUUACUUGGAAAAAUUUAUCGUAAGAAGCCAGAAGAAUUUUUGGAAAAAGCUUCUGAGGCAGAGAAAACUUUAGACACUGGAAGUGAGAUAUCUUUAGCCAUAGAUGCUAUUACUUUUGAAGAUGGCAUAGAAGAAUUUAAAAAGGAUUUCACCUCACGUCUUUGGCUAACAUACAGAAGAGAAUUUCCUAUAUUGAAUGGCUCUACAUUCACCACUGAUUGUGGGUGGGGAUGUAUGCUACGUAGUGGUCAAAUGAUGUUGGCACAGGCACUGGUUUGCCAUUUUCUUGGAAGAGAAUGGCGAUGGCUGCCAGAUAAACCAAUAAAAACAGAACAACAAAGAUUGGAUGAAUAUAAUCAUAGAUUAAUAAUUAAAUUUUUUGGAGAUUUACCUGAAACUACUUCUCCAUUUUCUAUACACACACUUGUUUCUUUGGGUGCCCUGUGGGGAAAACGUGCUGGAGAUUGGUAUGGUCCCUGCUCUGUUGCUCAUCUCUUGAGUCAAGCAAUAACGCAUGCAGCAGAACGACAUCCAGCAUUCAGUAACUUGGCUGUUUAUGUUGCUCAAGAUUGUGCAGUUUAUCUGCAAGACAUAGAAAAAGUAUGCCAAACACCAGAUGGCAAAUGGAAAUCUCUUAUACUCUUUGUACCUUUAAGGCUUGGUGUUAACAAAUUAAAUCUUGUUUAUGCAUCAUGCUUAACACAUUUACUUACACUAGAUACCUGUAUUGGCGUUAUUGGUGGCCGACCGAGGCAUUCACUUUAUUUUAUUGGUUUCCAGGAAGAUAAAUUAAUUAAUUUAGAUCCACAUUACUGUCAAGAAACCGUUGAUGUAUUAAAAGAUAAUUUCCCUUUGACGAGUUUUCAUUGUACUUCGCCAAGAAAAAUGUUAAUUUCGAAAAUGGAUCCCAGCUGUUGUGUAGGAUUUUAUUUUCAUAACAAAAUGCAAUUUACAAACUUUAUGGAAAUUGCUCCCUCAUAUCUAGUGCCGGAAAAUGAAAAGGUUGACUAUCCGAUGUUCUUAUUUUGCGAAGGGAGCGGGAGAGAUGUCUAUCAAAAAAUUGAAAUUGCAGAAAGUAUAAUUCCCCCUACGACCUCUUUUACAGGUAAUGGAACGUACGAUGAUGAUCUUGACGAGUGCGAAGAAUUUGAACUAUUACAGUGAGAUAUUUAUCAAAAAUCAUAAAAAAGGAAAUGUCGUGUAUCUAAAAUGCAUUCAUGGAUAGUUCUUGGAGAAGGAUAAUAAUGCUCGUCAUUAAUUAUAAUUCUCCGUUCAUUCGUCCAUAUAUGUACAUGAAAAAAAAUCGAUUGAUAACUUUAGUAGGUGACAACGUUACAUCGUAUUAGACAGUUAAAUUCUAAUUUCUAAAUAGAUUUUAUGCCGCAACAUGAUCUUUAAAUUUCAACAUACUCGUUGAACGACUGACAUCAAUUAAUGUAUCGAAUAGUUUCCAUUUACGAUAAUGCAUUUAUAGAUUUGAAUA